AUGCCUCUCAGCAGAAUAUCGCUGGGCUUCCUCGGCCUGUUCUUCACGGCCGGCGCUAUCCUAUUAAUCUUCCUCGUAAUCCUGGGCGGCGCCCGCAACACCAUCCCGCUGAAUGAGAUCUACUUCCUCGAGGCCGACACCUCCAAUAUUCCUGGCGCUCCAGCCAUUUCGCGAUGGACCUUCUGGAGUCUGUGCAGUGUGGCACCAGAUGGCAAGAGCAUCUGCGGGACCUCACACCCGGACCACCCAUUCGAUCCCCCGAACCCCAACAACUUUAACACUACAAUCAAUGUACCUCAUCAGUUCAUCGGGACUAACCACUACUUCCUGACGUCCCGAUUCAUGUUCCCAUUCAUUCUCAUAGGUCUGUUCUUCGCCGUGUGCUCUCUUUUCACCGGCUUUCUGGCCAUGUGCACGCGCAUUGGCAGCUACGUCUCCAGCCUCCUGGCUUGGCUCGCCCUGACUUUCCAGACCAUCAUGACCUGCCUCAUGACUGCUGUCUACGUCCAGGGCCGCAACGCCUUUAGCAGCAAUGGCCAGGUUUCCAAGCUGGGCGUCAAGGCCUUCGCUUUCAUGUGGACGGCUACCGCGUGCCUGUUCCUCUCCUGUAUACUCUACUGCCUGGGAGGUGUCGUCGGCCGUAAAGACCCUGGAUACAGUGGACGUAAGCAGCGUCGCCGCGGCUUCUUCUCUUCGGCUCGCUCGAACAGCGUGCGCAGCCAGAAGAAGGAGCGGGAAGCCGGUACUCAGUAUGCUUAA